UUCUCCAUAACGUUCUCCUCUAUUCUCUCCCUGUGCUUGUGAAGAGCGGAGCUGAGCUGUUCUUUCAUGGCUGCACGAGCGCUGAUCUGAUCAGAUUUUCCAGGUUUUUCUGGUGGAUUUCAUUUAUUUUCCAUUUCUCUCUUUGGACUUCGCUAUUUUGGACUUGCGCUUUCUUCAUGUCCAUGUUGAGCCAUGCAGCCUCCGCCGAGAAAGGUCAAAGUCACGCAGGAGCUGAAGACCAUUCACACAGAGCAGCUCACCAGACUGCACUAUAAACACCAGACUGAAUGCGACUUACUGGAAGACAUGAGGACAUACAGUCAGAAGAAGGCAACACUGGAGAGGGAGUAUGCACAGGCUCUGCAGAAGCUGGCCAAUCAGUAUUUGAAGAGGGACUGGCCUGGCAUCAAACCAGAUGACCAGAGAAAUGACUACAGGAAUGUGUACGGGGUGUGGAGGGCAUAUCUUGAGGGCACAGUGGAGGUCAACCAGACUCGACUUUACAUUUGUGAGAACUACAAGAACGAGAUCUCGGACCCUGCCAAAACUGUACGCCUUUACAAAGAGCAGCAACUCAAGAAGUGCAUCGAACAAUUGGGCCGGAUCCAGGCUGAACUCCAAGACUCUGUGAAGGACCUGGCAAAAUCCAAGAAGAAGUACUUUGAGCUGGAGCAGAUGGCUCAGGCCGUCCGGGAAAAAGCAGACAUCGAGGCCAAGUCAAAGCUGGGCCUGUUUCAGUCCAGGAUUAGUUUACAGAAAGCAAGUGUCAAGCUCAAAGCCAAGAGGAGUGAUUGCAACUCCAAAGCCACCCACGCCAGAAACGAAUACCUUCUUACACUUGCAGCGGCCAACGCACAUCAGGACCGCUACUACCAGGCCGAUCUGUCCAGUUGUAUCAAGGCUCUGGAUGGAAGUGUGUACGAACACGUGAAGGAUUAUCUGAUGUCUUUUUGCCGGACAGAGUUGGAAGCAUUCCAGGCCGUACACAACACUUUCCAAUUCCUGCUGGACAAGUCAAGUCGAGUCGGGCAGGACUUCAAUCAGCAGCUGUUCCUGCAGGAGAACCCCGUUUUCCACAAAGCACAGGACUUUCAGUUCCAACCAUGUGACAGUGACACAAGCCGGCAACUGGAGUCGGAGACUGGCACCACGGAGGAGCACAGCCUCAACAAAGAGGCCAGGAAAUGGGCGACACGUGUAGCUCGAGAGCACAAAAAUAUAAUUCACUAUAAACGGGCACUGGAGGAGUGCGAGAGACAGGGAACUCCUCCUACAGAACAGAGCCGCAGCGACCUCGAGUUCAAAAUAGAGGAGGCCAGAGAGCACAUUCGUAAAGCUGAGACUGUGAAGCUAAAAGCAGAGGCUCGACUGGACCUGCUCAGGCAGGUAGGCGUUUCCGUGGAUACGUGGCUAAAGAGUGCCAUGAACCAAGUAAUGGAGGAGCUGGAGAACGAGCGCUGGGCAUCACUGCCCACCCUCACUACCCACGAUCCCACACUUUCAACCACGGUGGACUUGGACCGAGACGAAGGAGAGGAACUGGAGGAGAACAUGGAGCAAUUUGAUGAUAGCAGCUCUAGUCCUUCAGGAACACUGAGGAACUAUCCACUCACAUGUAAAGUGCUUUACUCCUACAAGGCAUCUCAGCCGGACGAGCUGACCAUCGAUGAGCACGAGAUGUUGGAGGUCAUAGAGGAUGGAGACAUGGAAGACUGGGUCAAAGCACGGAAUAAGGCGGGUCAUGUAGGCUAUGUACCUGAGAAGUACCUGCAGUUCCCCUCCUCCAACAGCAUACUGAGCAUGCUCCAAUCGCUCACUGCCUUGGACUCACGCUCACACACAUCAAGCAACUCCACUGACCCUGAGCUGGCCUCAGGCAGCAUUAACGGUGAUGCCAGUAUGAGUUUUGCAAAGGCCAUAUACGACUAUGAAGGCCAGACAGAUGAUGAGCUGUCCUUCCCUGAGGGUGCCGUUAUCCGUAUCCUUAAUAAAGACAAUCAGGAGGAUGAUGGAUUCUGGGAAGGCGAGUUUAACGGACGAGUAGGAGUCUUUCCAUCAGUCCUGGUGGAGGAUCUGACCGCAGAAAACGGAGACGCACACUGGGCUUUGGAUACUCAGGUGUCAUCAUGUGUGAAACUACAGUCAUCUUUGCCUCCUUUACCCCUCUACGAUCAACCCCCCUGCACCCUAGACUGUACCCCCACCCUCAACCUGCCCCGCUCACCGUCCGUCAACGGAGAGCACAAGCAACCUGGCUUGCACAAAGCCCUGACACACAAUCACAGUUCUGGUGUGAGUCCAGAAAGCCCAGGCUUUCCCCAACCACUGAGAUUCACACCUGAUGCAUCUGGCUCGGGAAAACUGCGACCUGUCCGUGCUGCUCCGCCUCCUCCAAAACAACACUCUCGCAGACAAGUGGACAAAACGGAGGAAGUAGAGAUCACGCUUGUCUAACAGCACCGCUCUUUUCUUUAGAGGACUCAUCUACAUUUGACCUCAAGCUCCUACUGGCUUCAGUGGGGUUGGGCUUUCUACCCACCCCUCCAGCACUCUGAACAAGGUGGACUGCAUUUCAAAGACUCCUCCCUGCUAAUCCUGGAAGCACCUCUUAUGGCGUCACAGACUGUUUGGUGCCUUUUAACCCUUUUCAUGCCAAAACCAGUCAUUGUGUUUGUAUUUGUAGAGCUAAAACUUUGUAGCAUUCCCAGUUACAAAUGCUGUGCUCUACAAAUUUAAGAGGGCAGAAAAUAUAAAAAGUAAUAAAGCCUGGUUGGUUAACUUGCACAUAUAUCUGUCCAGCAGGCUCAUCAACAGCAGCAAAUGCAAUAUCCAGAGGUUACUGAGGGAUUUACGGGGGCAUGUUUGGUGUACAGUGGGUGUGGGUGAUUAAGUUUGCCCCGUCUUCAGCCACGCGUAGUCCUACCAUACGUAUUUAAUGUUGUAUUAGUACAGUACAUUACUGUUGUCAUAGGAAUGUUCAGAAUAUGUGCAACAUUUCUUCAUAUAUUGUAACAGUGGAUGCUUUUUGAAAUAUAAAGGAACAAUUGAGGAUAAAGGCAGUUGUGUAUAAAAGGGUAAACUGGCGAGGUAGGAAGGGGUAAAAGGAAGUUCAAGAGAAUGAGGGCUGGAUCCUUCAUUUUCUUUUUCCUCACCUGUCGCUCCUCUAGCCAACACAGUACUCCUCCAUAUUGUGUUAAUCCGAGUACAGUACUAAUUACAUCAAAAAUAGCCUCUCAGCUCGUCCUUACGAAGACUGCCAUUUGUACGUAUUAACUAAUAUUUAGUCGUCAAAAGGA